CCCAUCCAUCACAUGGUAAUGCUAUCUAUCGGAGCUUCUGAACAACGGAACACAGAUGGGGCAAGAAGCAGGACUCACGGUUUUUCAGCAGGCAUAGAGCAAAACAGAUUAACUACUGAAGCGUGUUGCAUAUUGAAAAGCAGAAGCCAUAGACUUCGAGAGGGAAAAAAAGAAAGAAUCUGAGAGGCGCGAGCUCCCUGCACAUUGCGCUUCGGAGAAAUGAAAGGUUGCGAACUCCCGACAUGCAGACCUGUGCAAUAGCGGAGUGGCGCGGCUACAGAAGGAAUUGAACGUGAACGAUAAAAAGCCGAAAGGAAAGAAAGGAGAAGAGGCAGAGAAAAAGGAUGCUUGGCGUAGCACUUUGGAAAUCUUUGCCAUUCUAAGUGAAACUUGGACCUAUGAGAGAGCAGAGCUUUAGGAACAUGACAAGUUUUUUGCAAUAAGCCUCAUAUCUGCAGUCUUCAUCCAUGGCCUCUUUGAGGAAUGACCCAAAGGGAACUCCAGAAUCUCAGCACCAUAAUGUUUUGUUUCUUGGAACAGUUGCCGUAGCAUCAGCUUUUCUGGUCACCCUCUUUAUUGCACUGUUGUGUGUUGGAUGUAAACGGAAAGAUAAAACAAAAAAGGUCCAGAUUGAUGGAGUAAAGCUGGUAGAAAUGUCAUUGCUACGACAGACGAAGCUCCGAUCCAUCAGCAAAUCUGACACAAAGCUCCAUGAGCUGAGCCGGAUAGCAGGAAACGGAAAGAAAGGUUCAAGAAGCCGUCCUGCUAGUAUGGACCUCCUCUUUCUCCCAAACCGGAAGUCAGACUGGGAUCUGAGGUGUCCACAGAACAGACAGCUUCCAAAAAUUCCACUCAGCCCUGGUGGAGACAAAGAGCACACCUACUCGGAGGUGAAGAGGCCAGCGUCACAGCCUCGGUGCACUGAAGAUGCUCUGUAUGAGAGUGUUGGGGGUCGGCAUGAAGAUGAAGUAGCACCCCCCAGCAGCCAGCCCAAGCAGCCAGUGUUGUCCCUUGGCAACAACCACGUUGAAUCAGCCCUCCAUCAGAGUCAAGAGGUCAACAGAUCUAGUGAAGAUGCGGUAACAGCAGAGUAUGCCUGUGUGAGAAAAGUCCGGAAACUGGAAAAGCAGCAGCAUUUGGAGACCAGUCCUGACCCCGUAGAACCAGGACUCCGAUUUACCAGUGCCGAAGAUUAUUUGAAUCAGCAGGAGAGAGACAACAAAAAACAGACCAUCAAGGAACCUAUUCUUUCCCAUUCCUUCCCAAAGGACUCUGGCUUUAUGGGAAAUGGAGAACAGUAUAUUUGGAAACCUCCAGAAGAAGAAGAAGAAGGGCUGUCCGUUAGCACUGGGCGCAUUGGAAUGCCAAAUGUCUCCUCUGGUGACCUAAACCAUGGGCCUGCUGUGUCUGUUGAGAUAUCAGACAUGUAUUCCAAAGUGUGUAAGCCAAGUAAAAAGAAAAGACCUCCUGCCUCUCCGCCUGCCCCCUUCAAGCAAGGAGCCCAGGAUGUCAAGCCACUCAGUCAAAGCCGUCCAUGUGGAGGGCCCAAGGAAAACAAAAGAUUUGAGGCGGUGCAGCCACCAAGCUGGCCAGGAGGAGGCGCUCAGGCAAUGAAGUCCACUGAAGAUCCCUGCUACGAAUCAAUAAAUGAGAAAAUGUGGUCAGUUAAUGAGGAAGCUGACCCAGCUUAUGAAUCAAUAGAUGCCAACUGGAAAAGGGACAAACCUCCUAUGCCUCCAUUAAGCAAGAAUAAGAAGAAAGUGCCCACAAAAGGGUGCCUUAAUGAGAAUUUUUAUGAAACUAUCAGCGAUGCGAAACAAGGAUCGACAAGCACCACGACUGUAUUCAUGUUUAAUGAUGGUAUCGAAAUGUACGUCACUGGACUUUAAUGCCAUCUCGUCCCCUCACAUUUGUAACACCUCUUUUUAAAAUUCAUCUUUUUGGUUCAUUCAAUCCAGCAAUACAAAGAAAAAUAUCUUGAGCGAGCAGAAUAAAGAUGGAUUGUGUUUGCUUUUAAAACCAUCUGCCAUGACAGGGAAAGGCAAUUUAUUUCAAGCCUUGACAAAAGCAAGUAGUUUGCUUGAAAUUUUGAGAAAUUUUACUGUGCAAGAAUUCUAGAAUUUAUGACAUGUUUACAAAAAAAAAAGAAAAAAAGACUGGCCUUGAGUGAAAUCUGCUCACUGUUGCACGUUUCCUCUCGGCUAAAUUCAAUUUUGGGCAUCUAUUAACAGAUCCACCAUUAUCAAUGCAGUUGGCAUCUAUCCUCUGAGUACAGUAAAACCUAGAUCAACUGACUUUUAUUGGGCAUUGACAUUGAUUCACAUUGUUUGACAGGAUAAUCCAUUUAAAAAGGCAAGUGCAUACGUUAAAUGAUUGUUGUAAGCAGGUCUUUGGAGCCAUGCCACUUCCUAGUGCUGCUCCUUGAAUAAUGCAGCCAUGCUGAUGGCCUGCAGUGGAAUGGCAUGAAAAUCUGGACAGAGAAGUGUAUUUGUAUUAAUGCACUGCCUAAAAGGAAUCUGAGAAAGCCGCUUUAUUACUACAGAUGUGUACACCAUGCUGUACUGAAUCCUGUCCUGAUUUCUAUGUGCAGCUUGCAUGAUUUUCAGUGCGUGUGCGCAUGGACUUCUCUGUAGGCAUGCCGGUUUCGCCCAAAUCCAAAAAAUGUGCAGGUUAUGUACAUUGACAACCCUAAACUGUGCCCUGCAGUUGCCCAGCUGUAAGUCUACCACCAUUCUGAGCUCCUCGGCCAUUGUGGUCGAACGCUUUCAUCUUUCAAUCUAUAUCUCCCCCGUUUUUCAGAACCUCUUUCAAUAAACAGAUAAAAUAAAAGUUGGAAAAUCAAGGUUUUACUGUAAGAACUCUUGAAAUGGAAAUUCAAUUUCUCUCUUAAAUCCUUGAGAGAAUGUAUUGUCCAUGUGAGGUAUGGUUGAAUGGGACCAGAUGUAACAUUUCAUGCUGAAGCAGACUGGAAAUUUGUUAUGUUUAGACUGUGUACAAUAUAUUUGACAACAAGACUACAGGAAUCAAGCACCGUUCUGCUAAAUCGGUACAACUGCCCUACUUUUCUACUAUUAACCAAGAAGCCGGCGACACCUCUUCCUGUUUUACUCCCAUUACAUUUGUUGCCUGGCCAAAUGGUGUGACUCCAUGGCCUGGUGGGGUCCUGCUGCUGGUAAUGCCUUAGCAAGGCUGCUGUGACAUGGCACUUGCUGAUUACCUUCAGUCGUGGUGUCCUGCAAGUGAAAGACCUGUAUUCAGAGCUUUAUAUUGCUGCCUGUACUUUUAAAUAUUUGAAUUUGUUCACUUUUUGUUAAGUACCCAGUUUGCUUCAGAAUGGAGUGACCAAUGUACUGGAGAAAAGACCAAGCACAAACACCCACAAAUAGUGUUGAACAUUUAAAGGUUUGAUCUGUGAACUUGAGAACUUGUAAGAAAAGAGAAUCCUACACAGGACAAGACGUGAACAGAAAAAACAAACCAAACCCUGAAAGACGCGUGAAUAAAUUAGCACAGUUGUAAUGUUGACCAUACUUAUCAAGUAGGUAAGGGUGUGCAAAUACAACUUUCUUAAACGCUGCAGCACUGAGUGCCAGGUGGGAAACGGCUCGGAGGGUCCAAAUUCUAACAGUGAUUGAUGUGCACAGAGUACAGUAACAUUUCUACUCUCAUGUCUGACCAACGUGCUACAUGUCACCACUCUCUGACAGAGUGAUAAAAUGAACGGAUGACUGAAAUUGUGUAAUAAUACCAUGCCAUGACAUUCUCAAACACGCCAAACCCGAUUCAGGAGCCGACCCAUGCAGCACUAUGCACAAUAAAGAAAACAACUCUGGACCGGGAGUCAGCCCAUUGUAGUGGCAUAAGAGGCAGCAGGGCUACCCACUCAUAAGACAUCAGUUGUGGAAUUAACAUCUCCUGUAGCCGUAAUGGGGAAGCACCUCGACGCGAGCCAUCAGCCAUGUCUGGGUUUCAUGCCACAAGUGAAAACUGGUAUAAAGUAGACAGAAAAUAAACACUUUGUAAAACAAACAACAGUCUGCACGUAAGCACAAAAAUGAAUGCCACUCUCCGUUUGUAAAACAUCAGUUUUAAAAAAUAUAGUUUGGAGGUAAAGCAUUUCUACCGUAAACCCGUCACAACAUUCUCUCUAUUUCUACCUUUACUUGACUGCAAACAUUUGACCCCCUGAAGUCUCACCAUGUUUUUUAAAACAACUAAACACCCCCCCCCCCAUCAUGUUACACAAAGUUUCCAGCCAUUUUCAGUUGCAGACUUUAAUUUUAGCAGGGCAGUAGUUGCCCGCUCUCCAGCGACUCCGUCGGACCAGUAGUGAUGAAGUGGGUUUGAUUUUGUGCAAAGUCCUUGAGAACUGGUAACUCAUGAGUAACAAUGCAUGUGAUGCUGUGGUGGGGAAACGGGGGAAACGCAUGUUUGGACUUUGCAAACGCAAGAGGGGCUCGUCUGUCUGAUGUCUUGUGUUUUACCCACCACAACAGAAUGGAAAACAAAAAGGGCUGCGAUUGCACCUGGAAAACAUUCAUACAACACUGGCGCAGUCGGGCAGCAUAGUAUUUAUUGGCUGUCUAUCAAAGGGUGGGCUCGAAGGUUGUCAUGGAGUUGUGUAGUAUCCCAUCCCCUGUGAAUACUAUUUGUGUAAUCUAACAUAUAUUUUGAUAUCCGCUCCGACUAGAAGUUGUGUAAUGUGACACUUCAGGGUCACUUCCGAGCAACACAGUGGGGGAAACCUGCCAGAGCCAUGUGGCCUGACCUACAAUUUUCUGCCAGGAGCCUCGUCUCCAUACCAAAGGAGAUUGUGGUCCUGGAGAUUUGGUGCUUUGCUGAGGCCCAGUGUGCCCUUUUUGCGCCCCCCCCCCCCCCCCCCCCGCACGAUUUAUUUGACGCUCAGUACUUGGAAGUCCUUUAUUCCUCCCCCUCACCGUGAUCUUGUUUACAAUUGCAGUGUGGAAGACCCAAAGUGGCAAUUCUGAAUUUUAUAUAAAAUAAUAAAAAUUGUGUAUUUUGAUAUUUGUAUAUACAUAUUAGUCUACUGUAUUUUGGUUGGCUGCUUGAUUUCAAUUCAUUUGAAGUAAGGUACACCUGAUUAUUUACAAUUUCUUCUGCCCCCCCAUCAUCCCACGAUUUUCUUGAGGGUACUGCAGCUCUUAGUUGCAGUUUUUUGAGUGACGUCUUCAGCACAAACUCUGGGGUACCCAGCAUGCAUCAUGAUGACACCCCACUUUCACUUUAAAAGCUGUUUCCGCUUUAGACAUUUACAUUCAACUCCUAAAAACAACACUCUGGGAACAUUCACAGUUUAUUUUUUGAGUCUCUAAACUGCACGUUUUGUGGAGAUGUGGUGGGCAGAGAUGAGCAUAAUGAGUAUGUAGAACUGGAAGUGACCACAGGUGGGGUUGUGGAAUGCUGGCUCUGCCGAGUUAGCCUCGAAUACUAUGCUGCACUUGUAAAGUAAACAUGGGCCUCACGUCCAGGAUAAGGACUACCUUAAUUCUAAUGAAAUGUGAUUAUAAGAAAAAAGCUCAGGGAAAACAAAAAUCAGAGAUACAUUAAAUGACUGAAAGAUGUCCUCUCUGUGGAGCCUGUUUAGCAUUUAGUGGCAACUGUGGUGUGUAUCAGUAUUGAGCGGGGGGUGUAAAAGCACCGUAUCGUUUCACUCCUCACCGGAAUACUUUUUAUAUAUCAAGCUGUCCGUGUUUAAAUAGGCAGAGACGCGGCUGUGCCAUCGCUGUAUUGUUUUACUUGAUAAAGAUUUUGCUUGCUUAAAUAUUAUGCAUGUGUAUAUAGUGUACAUUGAUGCUACACAAAACAAAUGUUGCAGAUUAUAUUUGUUUGUUAUUUCAGGUUAGUAUAUUUUUUUUUAAAUUGUACAGUCAGAAAAUAAAGGAUGUGUGAAUACGCAGUGCGCUCCACCCAAACUCACUGAUAGGUAUCCGCUCAUCCAUCCCAUUUUCUGAGUCAGCCUGCUGGGUGACAGGGAACUGAGCCUAUCGAUGGCAGCAUCAGAUGGGACACCUUUAAUCGUGGGGUACAUUAGGCCAAUCAGACAGAAGCAUAAAGAAGACAAAGAUAUGAAAGACAUGGAGAUCAGGCUAGGAAGCGAUCUGUGAGGUGAUAUCUGUAACCAGUUGGCCACUCUGCCAAAAUAUCAUCUAGAAAUUUCCAUAAGCAGUGCAUACACAAACAAGGAAACUGGGCACAAGGCAGGGGACAUUCCUAAAUGGGGCUUCUUGAGAUACACUCACAACAUUAGAUGCACAAGCCUGGAUGCAGGUGGAAAGCGACAUUGAGUCCAAGUCUCCAGACCUUUGAGGUGUCACCUCCGUUGACCCUUCUUCAUCUGUUUCAUGGUUGCAAAGAAUCCAAGCUUAACCUGUGCAGCGCUGGAUGUCCGGCCUGAAAAAAACACCGGAAGAGAUGCUAGUAAAGUACAGGCAACACUCGAGCACACACACACACACACACACACAUGUGCACACACAGACUCACAUCAGGCAGUUUUAAGUCACUAGUUACUAGUCAGUCUAAUCUGCACGGCUUUGGGAUGUGUGAAGACACCAAAACACUCGGAGAAGACUCGCAUGAAACAUAGGGAGACUGUGCAAACUCCACACAGCAAGCAUCUCCAUCUGCAAAGUGCCAAUGCAGUCUGCUGCCCCACGGUAUCAGGCCAUGCUGCAACCUGGUCUGUGCAAAUGCCACUGGAUCUUUGAAAAGCAACUAAAAGCCCACCAUAACUUAUACCUGCCAUGUUAUUCUCGAUGUCCUCCAUGUUCUUGACUCAGUUGGACAUGGUGGAGAAGAGGACUCAACAGCCUUGUCCAGUGGUCAGGGUAAUUCCUGCUUCCACCAAAUGGCAGCCCCAAAUCUCCACUUAACCCAUUAAGCAAUGUCCGGGCUAUUAAAUAUACACCUUAACUCUUGUUCUUUUUUGUAUUUAAAACUGUUGAAUUCAUUGGAAAAAUUCAGCUGUUCUUCAUACAAAUGCACUGUAUUGUCUGUAUAAAAGAAGCAAAAUAUCUGUGAAAUACAUACGUGCAAGAGAUUGUAAUGUUUUUAUACAGGAAAAAGUUACUGUUUAAAAAGUGCACCUUCGGUUUAUACAUUUUGUAAUAAAGCAGCACUUGGAAACUC